CUGCCAGCUAUAAACACUCAUCUUCUAGUUUUUCCUACUCUGGAGCAGUCUUGUCCUUUCCCUCAAAUAACGUAACUCAUGUUUAUGGUCUAUGGAAUACACCGUAUAAUGACAGUGUCUUCCUUGUCGGUCACUUAAACCACUCCAACGCUGAACAGUUUUAACAUCCCCACCAUUUCUUUCCUUUGCUUCAUUGAGCUCGAGAUCUUCGAAAUCGACGCAGAGUUGUGAGCAAAAAGGCAGAGCAGUGAAAGGAAAUGAAGUUACUUUGGAGGCUAUGGUCUCUUAACAAUUACAAUAAUUGGUUAUUCAAGCUAUCAGUUGCAAUUUUCUUAAUGGGUCUUGCUUUUAGACUCUUCUUCUAUCAAUCUACUAGAUUUGAACCCGAUUUAGAAACCCCUUUCAUGGAUAAAACUCUUGUGCCCAAUCCUCCUCCUCCAGUCGAUAUCCCAGAACCACCCGUUAUUGUUGAUAUUCCAAAGUCACCACCUCUUGCAGUUGAAAUUCCAAACCCACCUGCUGCUGUUGAUGUUCCAAAUCCAUCUCUUUUAUUUAAUGGAUCAGAUACUGAAGAUGAGGCGCUACAAAAAGAACUUGAUUCAGGAAAAUGUGAUCUUUUUAUUGGGGAUUGGAUUCCCAACCCGUCAGGCCCAACUUAUACAAAUGCCAGCUGCCCUUCGAUUGAAGGUCACCAAAAUUGCAUGAGGAAUGGACGACCAGAUUCAGGUUAUCUGUUCUGGAGGUGGAAUCCAAGGAAUUGUGAAUUACCUCCAUUUGAUGCACAAAGAUUUCUUGAGUUGAUGAGGCAUAGAACAUGGGGAUUGAUUGGCGAUUCAAUAUCUCGCAACCAUGUCCAGUCAUUGUUAUGCAUGCUCUCAACGGUUGAACAGCCAGUUGAAGUUUAUCAUGAUGAGGAAUACAAAUCAAAAAGGUGGCACUUUCCUUCUUACAACUUCAGCAUAUCAAAUAUCUGGUCCCCUUUCCUUGUAGAAGCAGCAAUAUUUGAAGAUAAUAAUGGUGUUUCGUCAGCAGAAGUUCAACUGCAACUUGACAAACUUGAUAAGAAUUGGACAAAUUUGUAUCAAAAUUUGGACUAUGCCAUCAUCUCAACUGGAAAAUGGUUCCUUAAAGCUGCAAUCUAUCAUGAGAAUGACACAGUAGCAGGCUGCCAUAUAUGUCCGGGAAAGAACCUCACAGAGCAGGGAUUUGUCUUUGCUUAUGAGAAAGCCCUCCGGCAUGCAAUGAACUUCAUUGCAACAUCUAAACACAAAGGGUUGAUCUUUUUUAGAACAUCAACUCCUGAUCAUUUUGAGAACGGAGAAUGGCACAACGGCGGGACUUGUCCCAAAACAACACCUGCCAAAGAAGGCGAGAUCACAAUCAAGGACUUGAACAGGAUUCUGCACGAUGUUGAAUUGGCAGAGUUUGAGAAAGCAUCAGCAAAAGCUACUGAAAAUGGAGUAAAUCUUAAACUUCUCGACUUCACAAAUCUUUUAUUGUCAAGGCCUGACGGGCAUCCUGGUCCAUACAGACAGUUUCAUCCAUUUGCUGAGAACAAAAAUGCUACAGUUCAGAAUGACUGUUUACAUUGGUGCUUGCCUGGGCCAAUUGACUACUGGAAUGAUGUGAUAAUGGAGAUGGUAGUUAACAGUUGAGAAUAUUAGCAAGAGUAUACAAACACUAGUAAUGUUUCUCAAUGGAAGUUUAUACUCCAAUGGCAAAUUCCUACCAUGUGAAUACUAGAAACAGUUAUUUGCCUUCAUUCUUUUUCCAUUAUAGCUGCCAGUGGUUGUCUGUACUCCAGCAGGGGAUUCAUUUGUAAUGGGCUUUGACCAUUCUGUCAGCAUUCAUACAAGUUAUUCUAGCUGCAGAGGCAGAGAGAGAGUUAAGCUUAACUGUAAUUUGUAAACCAUGUUUGUUAUUAUAAUUUUUUCUUAUACCAAAAUCUGGUGGGUGGAGAUGAAUGAUUAUUUUUAUAUAGUGAGGGUUUAUAAUUAUGCAAC